CCCACCACUUUUCUGGCUUUCUCCUACUGCGCAGGCGCACCCAGUGAACCAAGAUGGCGGCUCCCGUGGAUCUGGAGUUGAAGAAGGCCUUCACAGAGCUUCAAGCCAAAGUUAUUGACACUCAGCAGAAGGUGAAGCUUGCAGACAUACAGAUUGAACAACUAAACAGAACGAAAAAGCAUGCACAUCUUACAGAUACAGAGAUUAUGACUUUGAUAGAUGAGACUAACAUGUAUGAAGGUGUAGGAAGAAUGUUUAUUCUUCAGUCCAAGGAGGUAAUUCACAAUCAACUGUUAGAGAAACAGAAAAUAGCAGAAGAAAAAAUUAAAGAAUUGGAACAGAAAAAAUCCUACCUGGAGCGGAGUGUGAAGGAAGCUGAGGACAACAUCCGGGAGAUGCUGAUGGCACGGAGGGCACAGUAGGAAACCUCUAGUGAAAGCUUCCUGCCCCCUUCCAUUUCUGGCAGAGGGACCUGUAUGGGGAAACUCCUUCUGCCCCGAUGGACUUUUUAUUUGAAUGAUCUGGUAACCCUGUUUUCUACUUCACCCUGAUCCCGGCUUUGCCUGCCACCCCUGCCCUACAGGAGAGGGAAGAUGGGAGCCAGACAGGGGAGCUCUGCCCAGACCUACUACUAGUUAUGCUGGUUAGGCCAAUAAAAGGAAUCUGUUCCCCCACCCA